AUGGCUCUAGUAACGCGGAAAAUCCCUAAGACGAUGGGCUUGCGAGGAGCAGCGGUGGACCGCACGUCGCUCCGAGAGGUCGAGACGCGAUUAACCCUGGAUAUUCACCCGUCGCGGUCCGGGAAUGUAGUAGCAGGAGUCAAGGAGCAGCUCAACAACUCACUCAUGCGGUACAGCGAGCAGCACGGCGGCAUCGUGUUGGCCUACUCCAACGUGCUCCUAUUCGGCCGCACAGCAGCCAUUCUAACCGGACUCAACCCCUACCUCCACGUCAGCCUCUCCGCUCGCCUGCUCCUCUUCGCGCCGCGACCAGGAGCCUUUCUUGAGGGAGUGGUGAACAAUGUGGGGGCGGAUUUCAUCGGUCUUCUCGUGCUGGGCGUAUUCAACGCCGCUGUGCCCGACCAGUUUAUGCGCUCCUGGAAACACGUGGAGGAGGAGGCCGCCGCCGACGACAGCGACAACCACGGCCAGCAGCAGCACUGGCAGCACAAAGAGGACCCCUCCCACCGCAUUUUUGUUGGCUCUCGCAUUCGAGUGCAAGUGGACAGUGCCACAGGGGACGGCACGUUGAUGUCCAUCAGAGGGUCGCUGGACUGGACCAUCCAGAUACGGGUCCAUUUCACCUUCUCAUCCCUUGCCCACUUGCCUUUCCUCUUUCCUCCCCCCACUUCUUUCCUCCCCCCCUCCCGUUCCCCGCCUUCCGAUACCCACUCCAACCUCUAUUAUCCCCUUCUUCCCAGCAGCACUCUCCCCGCCACCACACCAAGGAAGAAACGUAAAGCCGACCAAGCAGCAGCAGCAGCAGCAGAAGCAGAAGCAGAAGCAGCAACAACAGCAGGAGCAGGAACAAUAGUACUAGCAGAGCCCAAGACACCAGUCCCCACUGGCACCACUGCCACUGUAACCCCCGAGGCAUCCCCAACACCCAGCGGGGAUGCAGGCGGGAAGAAGAAGAAGAAACAUAAAGCAGACCAAGCAGGAGCACUAGGAGCAAUGGUAUUAGCAGAGCCCAGGGCACCAGUCGCACCUGGCACCACUGUUUCAGCAGCACCCGAGGCAUCCCCAGCACCCAGCAUCGGUGGGGAUGCAGGAGGGAAGAAGAAGAAGCGGAAGGUGAAGGAGGGGGAUGUGUCUGCUGCCCACACAGCCACAGCCACUCCCCCCAGCGCUGUGAAGGUGGCCGGUGGGAAGAAGGCGAAGAAAGCUGCUGCAGGCAGCAGCUAA